GUGUUGUCCGCGCACAUGAGGGCUCCCGUGUGACUGAUGGUGAUUUAUUCCCCGCAGGCUGGGAGCACACGACGCAGAGAUGUGGGACAGCCCCGAUCGGCGGGUUUUCGGAGGAGAGAGCAAGAUGCUGCUGCUGCUGAUGCUGAGGCUGCUGCUGCUGAGCGCCGCCGGCUGCCGCGGGUCGCUGUAGUCUGCACAGAGCGGAGGGAAGCUGCUCCAACACCGCCUGUAUACACCGGUUCACACACGCUGACCUGGACCAUGAGCAAUGAUUUGCCUGUUCUAACAAGUCUGACUGACAACUCCACUGAUGUGCCGGUGUCGGCGGGCCAGGUGGAGAACUAUGUGCUGCUGUUGGUGCUGCUGAGUGUGUUUGCUGGGGGGACCCUGGUCCUGCUCUCCCUGCUGCUCCUCUUCUGUCACCGCUGCUGCAUGGGUGGACGGAGAUACUCCAGAGCGAGUGAUGACCCUGAGAAGACAAACACCACCUAUGCUGAGGAUUCUCAGCCCACCCAAGAGAUCACCAUUCAUCUGGAUGAAUCAGACGCUCUCUCAGCUGCGAGCUGUCACGAUGGAGAGUCAGAACGAUUUGUAUCCACUGGGGCUACUGGCCGCAGAGUCUCCUUUAAUGAAUCUGCACUUUAUGAACAGGAGAAGACGACUCAGGACAAAGGACGCAGAUACACUCUGACUGAGGGAGACUUCCACCACCUGAAGAAGGCCCGGCUGACCCACCUUCACCUGCCUCCGGCCCCAUGCGACCUGAAGAUCCUCACCAUCAUGGAGUGUGACUCAACAGAAAGCAGCACCGUCAACAUCAAUGAGACCGCAGCUCCCAAACUGCCUCUCACCAUCUACCAGCCCGCUGAGAGAAGAGUCUCCGACUGGGUGGGACAGAGCCUCAGCGGAGGCCUGCCUGGAGACCCGCACCACUCCACCAUCCUGGACCAGGGCCCCAGACAGGUGUCAUCAGCCAUGAAAGCACAGCACACACGGUCCCAGACAAUGGAGACUAUCGGGGACAGGGGAGAGGCUGAGAGUGAAAGGGGGAUUAGAGGAGAGUUGACUCUAGCUCCGGGCCAGACUUCAGUUCUACAGUUCUUCUCUAAACUGCGGCGCCAUGCCAGUCUGGAGGGGGCAGGGCCUUACUUCAGGAGGUGGAAGUUUGAUAGCAGUCAUCGGGCUGCCAGUCUGGAUGCCAAAGGAUCCCCCAAAAGAAGGCCCUUUCAGAGGCAGAGAGCAGCAAGUGAAACCACUGAUCACACCGAAGACGACUCUUCGUCUCUCCGAGAUGAGCUCAUCGACUCUUUCCCACAGUCCCCCAUCCAGACCAGUGGCCUCCAGUCCCUGUCUGCAGAGUCUCUGUCUCACCCCAACAUGGCACCCACGUCCUCAGUCUUCCUCAGCAGGUUAAAGCUAGAGUCCAUGGUAGAGGCAGGUGGUAGCAGUGGCACCAGAAGAGAAGAUCUCUGUACGCCACCAAAUGAUUAUCACACCCAGAGGCAAGGGGAGGCCACAGCCAAUGGGACAGGAGAAGAAAAAGAAACAAAGUUUGGUGCAGUUAUAAGAACAGAAGCAGCGGGAGAUGAGCUAGAAUCGAUAGAAGAUGACGACUUGUUUGUGGAACAACAAAAAGCUGGUGUACAGGAGAGUUUUGAAGACAUGUUAAGGACAACUAAGGACACAAAAGACACAUCAGAUGAGAGGAAAAACAGUGAGUCGGAGGCAGAUGACGGAGACGAGGUGGUGUUGGGAGCUGAGGCCAGACGAAGGACUGACUCAGGCUCUUCCUUUUCCUUCAUGGUUCGCCAAGAGAGCUCGGAGGCUCCUCCCUCCCUGUACAGAGACAUAUGGAGCUUGCGAGCCUCUCUGGAGCAAUACGCCUCCUCAGACCAGAGCAGCACAGAUCGGGAGUCAAUCCGCAGUGAUGCUGACAGCGUCUCAUCCCUCGGCGGUGCAGGAGCUCGUUCUGGACUGGACAGCUGCCUGUCUCAAGACCUGGACGAUGAGGUUGAUGGAGAAGGGGAGGGAGAGAUGUUGGAGGGAGGGAUCAGAGGGGCAUCAGGUGGGGGCAGUGAGGUGGGAAGUGGAACUGGGGGAGAGGGUGAGGCAGGGAACCGUAAGCUCCUUCAGAUGGACAGUGGCUACGCCUCCAUUGAAGCACCAUCUAGGGCCCCGGAGGAAAUGCGGCUUUUUGGGACUCCUGGAGCUCCUAGAGGGAAGACGGCGUCUGAGAGGAGGUUAUUCUUCACCAGCUCUGGGAGAAAAGGUUCAGUGUGCGAGAGCAUCGAGGCCCGGCUCUUUCAGGAGGAGCUGGAGGAAGAGAUGGCCGACAGCACAGAGACCGAGGAGAAACUAAAGGAGAAAUCCCAAACUGGCAGCAAGUCCCUUACCCUUCAAGAACCAUAUCAACUCCUGAAAUCCCUUCAUCCCCAGAAACCACCAGAAUCACAAUCCCAGCUCAAGGCUCCGCUGAUGAAGCCGAUCCCACAGCCCUCGAGUCCUCACAAACCUCGUCUCCGCCGGCGCGACUACAGCAUCGACGAGAAGACAGAUGCUCUUUUCAACGAGUUCCUCCGCCACGAUCCGAGGUUCGAUCAGCAGGACUCUCCGCUGCGUUCCAGGCACCGGUCUAGAGUUCACCUGCGGAAACAAUGGCAGAGACACAAGCAAUACAGCGACCCAGGGUCAGGCGCAGGGGGGAGGUACUCCCCAUCUUUGGAGAGGCAGAGAUUCACGCCGCUGCGGAGAGGUGAUAGCGCCGGUUACCCUCUGGACACCAGGUAUCACAGCACACUCUCACGCAUUGCGAGCGCUGCCGAUGAAGAAGCCAGCGAGGUUGCGGCUUGUGAAGAAGCAGCCAAAGAGAGCACAGAGAGCAAAAAUCCGUCGAGUGAAGGAGCAGCGGGGGAUGCCACAGAAAGUACAGCAACCUCUGAGGCAACGAAGAGUUCUGCAGAGUCGACCGGUGAGGGCGAUGGCUGCCAGGCCGCAACAGAAAAAGACACAGAAAGCACAACUAGCCAGUCUUUGACCUCUGUGACGACACGGGCGAGUCACAUGGAUCCGAGAGUCGACAACAGGAACAACAACAGCAGUCAAGCUAUUCUGUCAGAGAGCAGCCUGACGGACAAGCUGGUCGUGUCGGUGGAAGAGAGGCUCUACGGCGGCCUGCGGAGCGCAGAGAAGCUCAGCCAGGGAGGAACGGAGCGUGUGCUUAGUGUGUCACACACAGCCUCACCUGGCUUCAGUCCCAUUUAACCGCUUAACAAUCCCAUCAUCUUCAUCAAAAUUAUUUCAUUAUCUGUAGACGACAGACUUGAACAGAACGGUCUAUAGCACUUCAUCGUGUGUUAGAUACUCGGUCCAUCUCAGUGGCCCAUAUAUUUGGACAGGUCAUCAAUAUAAACAUAAAUGAUGCAUCAAAACACAGAUAUAUCCUAAAGGACAGAAGUCCUUUCUCUCUCGAUGGCCAGUCUCUUCCAGCAUUUCCAUUCAGACCUUAAUUUCCACUGUGACACGUGAUGCCCCAUUUUAUUGGUAACCAUUCUUAAAAUCAAAUGCAUUCAUUACAUAGCUUUGAAAAUAUAGACCCAUCUUUAGAAAAAUUAAAUAUUUUCAGACUUAACUGUGAAUUUUCAGCAUGCUACUGUAUGUCCAAACAAUGUGUAUUUGAAUACUGUACAGUUUUAACUUUAAAAACAAAAAGCACUUUGAUGGGAAGAAAGAUAAUGGAGUUUCUGUCGCCCAUUUCUCUCAUUUUAAAACCAUAUCCUCCUUAAGUGUCCUUCUUGUCUCGAUCACCAUGAGGGUAAAUGUCUCCAUGAGAGCUUGUGGGAAGAACACUGACCAUAUAUAUAUAUAUGUAUAUUAAAAAAAGAAAAGCCAAACAUAAUUCUUCAGAGCUCGCAGCCCUCUCGCAUUAACACCAUAUCAGCAGAUCUGAAGAAUACACACAUUAUAUCGUUCAGUAAAAAAAACAGAUGGGAUACCCAGACUAUACAGCCAACACAGCGGUCGAAAUCAGAUAAUUUUUUAUACUCAUAUUUCAUCUAUUUUUAUAGGAUUUUUGUUAGUCAUAUGUCCCCAUUAUUCAUCAGAAUAAAGGAGGCGGUUUCCAGGAGCUUCUGUGGGCCCUAGUGAAGUGUUGUAUCACUGCUGGGACUCUGCUGAGGGGGAGACUGACAGACGAUACUUAAAGUGACUGACACAGGAGCCUCUCAGGCUCUCAGACAGAUGGUCCACUGACAGAGAGUUGAGGCUGUGAAAAUGGAGGUUGAAACUAAAUAUCAACAGCAUGGGAUAUACUCACAACAUAAUACUGAAUAAAAAAUAAUUCUGGUGAUAUUCUAUAUUUUUUGUUGUCAACAAAUGCCAUGAAAAGACAAAAAAAAAAGGUUUGUCAAGAAGUGCCUGUAGUUGAACUUGAUCUAACUUAUUUCUCCCAAUUGUUUGUAAAAAAUAUAUCGCCAUGUAGCUGGAGUUGUUGACUUUCCUUCAUGGCUACAAAGUAGGCUUGUAAAAUUGUUUAAAUUUGAUUUAAUUUGACCAAAAUAACAUUGUGUGUUCAUCCACAGCUGAAAAUAGUGCCCCCCAAAACACUAUUAACCUGUAAUUUAGUAAUGUUUGCUCAAAACCACAGUGAUUAGCUGUCAGGAAAUUAUUUAGCAUUUAAAAAAACAAAUGUACAUUUAUCAUGUAAGAGUUGUCUUCAGCAGGAAAAACAAUGGGUGUAGGGCUGAGAACCACAAACAAGCUGGGCAAGUGGUAAAGUAUUUACAGAAAAACUAACACCUCAUCGGUUUUGUUUAUUUGUUGACAUUAAGAAGAAUAUAGAAUAUUGUCUGCUUUCUGCAGAUGUCCAUCUUUACAUGUUAAAAUCACAGGCUGAACAGCUUUCUUUCCACUUUCUCUCCCUCUCUGCCAGUAUGGAUGUAUAUUUUUAUUAUUCGUUCUGCAUUCAUGUUGAAUUGUAUCUCUCCUACGCGAGAACAUUGCUGCAUGUUAUAAUGUGUGAUGUCACCUGGGUAACUGCGAUGGUCGGUACAGCUUGUACCUUUCUCCUCUCACACAGACUUGGGUUUGAGCUACAGUACAUUUAUGUGUGUAUGUUAUGAAACUCAUGUCUUUGUCCUCAUUUAUGGUGAACCAUCUGUUUUAUUGUAAAAAUGAGUAGUGCAGAAAAUUCAAAUGUCUCGCAGCCUUGACAAAGGCUAGACCUUGUGGGACCAACUGAGGCACAUAUUCAUUUUGGACUGAACAUUUUUUUCUGAAUAAAAAAACCAAAACAGUGAAGAAAA